CAAUAAGAAGUGAAAUACCCUUGGACUAGGAUGUAAAUAUGAGAACAUGAGCAAGUUCUUUAAUGUACUACCCGAGAGACGCUUACGUUUAGUACUUACAACACUGCAAUUCAGAGAUGACAAUUAAGAAUGUUAGAGGCAUCGUGAGACUUAUAACGAAGAUUGAAAAAACUGACGCAAAAACGAGAAUUUGGCAGGAGACCUCAAUGCUUACAAAAUAACACAACUUGAAGUUAGAAUACCAGAAUGCCCGCCGUUUGAGAAGUUACAAUUAGGAAGGUCCAAACAAAGAUAGGGAUUAAUUUAUCAACGGUAAAAUAUAAACGAGGACUUAAUUCAAUUCGGCGCAGAUAGAUUCAGGUCCCUAGUGGCGUUGAUGAGAGACGAUGUAUCGAUAUAUUUUAAUGUGUUGAAGACCUGGCAGGAAUAAUGUGCAACAGUGUCACGAAAGACUUAGUUACUAUGACAAUGGAUCAACUUGCGAAUACUUCAUUUACUGAUGAUCCGGUAAGAAAUGUUCCCUUGAGUGAAAUAUUUCAUCUUGCUAAAAAUUAUAACGAAUACAAAAUCGGCGCUAUGAUACAUCGCUAUUGGCCGAUGGUUAUUCUUCCAUUUGGACUUGUUGGCAAUCUUCUUGCGUUUUUGGUGAUGACCCGGAAGCAAAGUCGGCAGAAAUCGACGUGCAUCUAUAUGGCGGUUCUUUCAGUUACCGAUACCGUGUCUCUCUUCAUUCUGCUUUAUCAUUGGAUCGUCACGAAUUUCGUCCAGUUACCAAUCACAGAGUACCAUAACGAUAUCAACUGCAAGAUUCUCUCCUAUAUUUCUCAGGUCACCACCGAAUACGGCGUCAGCGUAAUUAUCGCGAUGACCAUUGACCGUUACAUCGCCGUGAAGUACCCGAUUCACAGCGUCACCUGGUGCUCAUUGAAAAGAACUCGUAGGAUUCUUGUCAUUGGGAUAAUCAUUCUGUCUAUUUAUAACAUCCCCAUUCCAUGGAUGAGUGGCUCGGUGGAAUGGGACAUCUGCGCAACUUUCAAUACACAGGAUGACUUUACUGCUGCCUAUAGCUGGAUAUACAUCAUAUUUGGCUCGGUCUUUCCAGUAGUUGCGUUAAUGUGCUUCAAUACUCUUAUCAUUCGCUCUAUUCGUGACCAAAGCAAAAAGAUUCUGAACCUACGAGUAGGUCAAGGUCAUAGUAGGUCACAGUCGAACGCAUCAAAUGACUCACGCCUUAUAAGGCAAUCGAGCAAAGAAACAUGGGGCCUGUCACGUGGGGACAUUCAUUCCAGACAGAGACAGUUGACAUUGAUGCUUUUAUUGGUGACUUUCACGUUCAUUCUACUGACCUUACCUCAAUAUAUUCGAUACACCCUUUACGUAACCCUAGACUAUCAUUCCUCCGCAAAGUUAUAUGCUUUGUACACCUUGAUCUACCACAUCUCCAACAAGUUAUGGUUCACCAAUUGUGCCGUUAAUUUCUAUCUCUAUUGUCUAGUUGGUGAGAAAUUUAGGAGAGAUUUAAAAACUCUUUUCUCGCGAGAAUCAAAACGCCCUAUAUAUUUAGAACUUGCUUUACAAUUUGGUCAAAGGUCUACUCCGUUUGAUUCGAGAAGGACCAGUGCUAAAAGUAGUCCAGUGUUCGCACGUGAAAUGUCGGCCAUUAACGAAGAGCUAUCAGUUGCUAUGGAAACAACCAUAGUUGCAACCGACACUAGAAAUAACACUGGAAUCAUCAAAGAGCAACUGGGAAAGGAGACAAAUGGCGUGAGGAAGUAUAAAAACGGUGUCAGCAAAUAUGUCAAUGGAGAAACCAAGCACAUGAAUGGAGAAAUCCACGAUAGUACACUGAUCGUUAAUGGCGUACAAUAAUGUAAUUAUGCCGCUGUUUGGACUGAUUAAUUGAUUGUCAUGGGAUUCCUUCUUGACCAACUCUCGAUCGACGAUUACAUUAGAUUGCGGCAUACAUCUAGUUGUAGUUCUACAUGUGCAUUAGGAAACAGCAGACGUUGGCAAAGAGGGGUCGGCUCAAGCAAUCGAUAAUUUAUAGCUGGUCUUAUUUAAUUAUCACUAUUUGUAAAAAUAUAAAUUCAAAUACAGUACUUUUACAAAAAACAAUUCCUGAAACAAGCAGUAUUAAAUGUC